AUGGUUAGACAGAAACUGGAAGAACUUACACUAUGCAUGGAUUUUCAUUUACUCCCAAUUCUGAUUAAUUAGGAAUCAUACCACGAUCACUUCAUAGUAUUUUUACCCACAUUUAAAUAAAAUCUAAUUCUAGUACUACAUUCAUGGUUAGAGCAUCAUAUUUAUAAAUUUAUAAUGAAUCUAUUAGAGAUCUUCUUUGAUCUGAUCAUUAAUUGUUAAAUAUUAGAGAAGAUAAAAAAAGAGGAGUUUUUGUUGAAAAUUUAUCAGAAUGGGCUGUUUGUUUUCCACCUGAAAUUUAUUAAUUUAUGGGUAGAGGUAAUGCUAAAAGAGUUACUGCAAGCACCAGAAUGAAUGAUAUUGUUAAUUCAAUACUACAAUUAUAUAUUAUAAAAUAUUCCUAUAAUUUAUUUGUCAUUCAAUUCAAAAAUUAAUAAAUUAUUUGUAUUAAAAUUAUUUAUCAAAAUUUUGAUUUACUUUAAAUUAUCAUUUUAAUUUAAACAAAUUAAAAUUAUUAGAUAUUUACAAUAAAUCAUCAAGAAGUCAUGCUGUUUUUAUAAUACCAGUUGAGUAAAUAGAAGAAACAAUUGAAGGUAAAAGAGCAAGAGUUGGAAAAUUAAAUUUAGUAGAUUUAGCUGGUAGUGAAAGAGUAUGAGUCACAGGAGCUACAGGUAUUUGUUUAGAAGAAUCAAAAAAAAAUUAAUAAAUCUCUUUCUGCUUUAGUAAAUGAUAUUUCUGCAUUAACUGAAGAAAAAUAACUGAAAUCUUAUAUUCCAUACAGAGAUUCUAAAAAAACUAGAUUAUUAGAAGAUUCAUCCGGAGGAAAUUGCAAAACAACUUUUAUGGCUAUGAUAUAAAAAAACCACCUUAAAAAUAAAAUAUGA